GGGAAGGACAGCUGCUAUAAUAUGAUGCAGUGUGUUGCUGCUGGGCACCAGAUUGUUGCUCUAGCCAAUUUAAGACCUGCUGAAAGCACAGGGCAGACGGAUGAGUUGGACAGUUACAUGUAUCAGACAGUAGGACACCAAGCCAUUGACCUGUAUGCAGAUGCGAUGGAUUUGCCACUCUACCGUUGCUUCAUAAAAGGCACCAGUGUGAAUACCGGACGAGUGUACGUCACGUGUGAGGAGGAUGAGGUCGAAGACCUUUACCGCCUUUUGAAACUUGUUAAGGAGAAGGAACGAGUGGARGGUGUCUCUGUGGGAGCCAUUCUUUCUGAUUACCAGCGAAUUCGAGUAGAACAUGUAUGCAGAAGGCUUAAUCUUCAGCCGUUAGCUUAUCUUUGGCGCCGGAACCAGGAAAUUUUACUUAAAGAAAUGAUAUCAUCCAACAUUCAAGCCAUAAUCAUAAAAGUGGCAGCUCUUGGUUUAGAUCCAGAUGAGCAUCUAGGGAAAAGGCUGGAUCAAAUGGAGCCUUUGCUUUUGGAGCUUUCAGAGAAAUAUGGAGUCCACGUUUGUGGAGAAGGUGGAGAAUAUGAAACAUUCACUCUGGACUGCCCUCUGUUUAAGAAGAAAAUAGUUGUGGAUUCUUCGGAGGUGGUUUUACAUUCAGCUGAUGCAUUUGCACCUGUGGCUUACCUUCGUUUUUUAAAAUUACACUUGGAGAAUAAGGAAGAAUCUUCAGAGACACUGAUGGUCAGUAGCUGUUCUUGUGAGCUAAGCUGCAAUGAUGUCAAUAUUUUACCUUCAUCAGAAGAGGAUGAACCACAGAAAAUCCUUCCUGUCACCUGGAAGUCUAGCAUGAAGCACAAUUCUCUGGAUUUCACUAAGACAUUUGGAACUUCAGGAAAAUCCCAGCGUGGUUACCAAUGGUUUUCAGGUUUCACUGCCCAUUUUCUUCCAUCAGAAGACAAAAGUGUUCAAGAUGCAGCAAAGGAAACAUUUUAUUCUCUCCAAGCUAAUAUGACUUCAGCGGGAUUUAGGUUGAAAGAUAUUAUUUUGGUACAUCUGUAUAUGAAGAACAUGAAUGAUUUUGCUGCUAUAAAUUCAGCAUAUGUGACAGAAUUUGAUUUGUGUCCACCAGCAAGAGUGUGUGUAGAAACCCUGUUGCCUGAUGGAGUGCUGUUCUGCAUGGACUGCCUUGCCCAGAAGUGUGACUUUGCAGCUGCUGACAUGUUGCCUGCUGAGAAACUGGUCAUGCAUGUACAGAGCAUUUCUCACUGGGCCCCUGCUAAUAUAGGACCUUACAGUCAGUCCAUCAAGGUGGGCGAUGUGCUUUACUGCGCCGGGCAGGUCGCCCUGGUGCCCUGCACGCUGCGGCUGGCGAGCGGCGGCGCGCGGCGGGAGGCCGCGCUCUCGCUGCGCCACGUGCGGCGGGUGCUGCGAGCCGCGCACCGGAGCGGCGCCCUGCACCACGUCCUCACCGCCAGCUGCUACGUGACCCGCAGCGAGUACGUCCCCGUGGCUCGCUCCGUGUGGCAGAAGCAGCUGCGAGAAUGCGCGAAGGAAGAAGACUCAGACACACAUGAUGAUGUAGCUACAGUGUGUGGGAUUCUUGAUGUGGUUGUAAUAUCUCACUUACCUAGAGAUGCUGCCAUUGAGUGGCAUGUCAUUGCAGUAGUUGACAAUCCGAUGCAAAGAAAGCAUUUUGCAAUGAAGAUGUUGUCAGGGGGGUUUGAAAUUGAAUGUGAAUCUGUGGAGUCCAGUUCUGCAUCUUGUGCUUCAAUUUCUCUACGUCUGAGCUUGAUAUCACCUUCUACUUCUCCAGUCGACUUAGAUGGACUUCUUCAUGAUUUAGUUGYUCUGUUUAGACAAGCUGUUGAGAAACUUUCUGAAGACUGCAGAGCAAUUCCUUUGUCUUCUAGAGCUUUCUUCAAGAAGGAUUUCUUUGAUGCUCAAACACUACGAGCAGGACUGCAAGAAUAUCUUGAACAACAUUUGGGCAAGAAGACACCAGCUCUGAUUUUAGUACCGGUGAUGGCUUUACCUGGAAAGGAAAUCAUGCAUAUAACAUCCUGGCUAAGCUAGUAGUUCAAAAGAAAUAAAUUACUAUCAAAACACAAAUUCCACCCAGCAGAGGGCAAAGAGAAUAACUGGUCAUGAUGGUCUUGUAUAUUGCCAUUAAGCUACACUGUUGGAAUUARGCAAAGUCAUUUCUAGCUUGUUAAUGA